GCAGCUACAGCUCAGACAGAGCGCAGCUCGCGGCAGCAUGAGCAGCUCCUGAAAACCUCUGAAGUUUCUUCUCAGAACCGUGGCUCCGGGAAACCCCGCCAUGUCCCCGCUGCAGCGCUCCGUCUACUGGCGCCUCUGCCUCCUCUACUUCUUCACUCCCUUUCUCUUUUUCCUCGACAUUUUUACAGCGGCGGUCGCAGCCGAAACGUGUCACCAUGACAACGGAACUGUUUCUCGGCGUGGCAGUUUGCCACCGACGAUAGAAAGCAACCAAUCAGAGCGCGAGGAAGUUUCAAAGGACGAAGCCGAUUGGACGACAGAUAGAGAGUCAGUGUGUGGCUGGACCAGCUGGUUGUCUUAUGGUCAGAAUGUCUACAUGAUGGGUCUGCUACUGGGAUCUCUGGUAGGAGGAGCAAUGUCAGACCGGUAUGGGAAGCGUCCGGUGCUGCUGGUGUGUGUGUGCAUGCACGCCGUGUGUGGCCUCGUGCCUGCUGUCCUUUCUCAGCCGCUCCUCUUCCUCACCAUCCGCUGCCUGACAGCAUUUUCCUGCUGCUGCAUCAGCAUCUGUGCCUUCAGUCUGGCCGUGGAGUGGACCCUCCCCGGCGCUCGGCUCUGGCCGCCCGCCGUCCUCCCGUUCUGCUUCAGCCUGGGAACGAUGGGCGGUGCUUCUCUGGCCUGGCUCAGCCCCUCCUGGACACUCCUGCACCUGUCACUGGCUCUACCCCAACUUGUGUGUCUGCCGCUCUACCUUUCAAUCCCAGAGUCUCCUCACUGGUUGCUGUUACAGAGGAAGAUGGAUGUUCUGGAGCAUUACCGUGGCAACAGUCCUAAAGAUAAACAGUAUCUGGAACUGCUGCUGGACUCAGCCUGGUCCGACCUACAGAAAAGCACCGAGGCCCAGAUGGAAACACUUGGAGCCCACGCUCCCAGUAGCAUCACCCACCUGAAGCAUCCAACCAUACUGCUGCGGCUGUUCAUCAUGAGCUACCUGAGUGCCACUUCCGCCUUGACGUAUUUUGGGAUUUGCAUGAACAUCGGCUCAUUUGGCGUCGGUGUCUACACCGCCCAGUUCUUCUCGGGUCUGUCGGAGGCUCCCUGUCUGCUCGUCCCACUGAUCCGUCUGGGACGUCGACCAAUCAGCAUGCUGGCUCUGUUUCUGAGUGGAACCGCCUGCUUCCUGUCCUUACUGAUGUCCAGAUACAACGGUGAACCGGUGCUGGUGAUGGCUCUGGCUCUGCUGGGGAAACUCUGCAUCCUGGCCGCCACCUUCAUCUCUAUUCUGUACAGCAUCGAGCUGUUCCCCACCGUGGUCAGACAGCGCUGCAUAUCACUGGUCAACUUGUCUUUCCGGCUUGGCUGUCUGGCCACGACCUUCAUGCCCUCCACCCCUGGCAGAGCGAUCUCAUUGGUUGCGAUGGUCGUGUACAGCAGUGGACCAAUCAUAGGCUGUGGUCUGUGCAUGCUGCUGCCGGAAACCAGCGGCAUCCCGCUUCCCGACUCACUGAAGGACUGCGAGAGGCAACACCAGCCCCACCCAUCCAGCACCGUCACCCUCUGGAGGCUGAAGAAACAAGUGGACAGCCAGAUAAAAAAAACGGAGAUCCUCCCUACAGAGAAGGUCAACGUUCAAACACCAAACACCAUUUCUGUAAGCUGCAGAGAUUUAAUCCUUUAAAUCAGACCGAAGCGAUCAAAACGGAUUUAAGUUCAUGUCUGCAGCUCCGAUGGUUCAUUUCCCUUCUGAGGAUGUUAGAGGAUUUAUGACUAGAGAAUAUGUGUUUUAGCCUGUUUGUUUUAUAAUUAUAUAUAUAUAUAUAUAUAUAUAUAUAUA